GUAGGCUGCGGGGCGUUCCGAGUGCCCCGCGCCGCAUAGCCAUGGCUGCCCGUGGCGGCGUAGCCACCGCCGGCGAGGGCCUGCGCUACGCUGAGGACUCGCCGCCCUCGACCAAGCGGUCGGACGCCGACAUUGACCGGAGACUGGCAAGAAGUUUGAUAGCUGUGGGACUGGGUAUUGCAGCUCUUGGAUUUGCAGGUCGCUACACAUUUCAAAUCUGGAAACCUCUAGGACAAGUAAUCACAGAAACUGCAAAGAAGAUUUCAACUCCUAGCUUUUCAUCCUACUAUAAAGGAGGAUUUGAACAAAAAAUGAGUAGGCGAGAAGCGAGUCUUAUUUUAGGUGUAAGCCCAUCUGCCGGCAAGGCCAAGAUUAGAGCAGCUCACAGGAGAAUCAUGAUUUUGAAUCACCCAGAUAAAGGACACGUCUUGACUCCCUUCUGUGUACUCAGAGCUGUGCUGAUAAUACAGAGAGAUCUAAGACAUGAUUGCUUUUCAAGGUGGAUCUCCUUACUUAGCAAGCAAAAUUAAUGAAGCAAAAGACUUGCUAGAAGCAGCCACCAAACAUUGAUUGAUGCUCAAGGACCACUCUGAAGGAGAAAAAGGGGGACCUUAUAAAAAAUGUCCUGCAAGUUAAUCUAAAUCAUGACCUUCAUAAUUUUCAUACAUGCAGUGACCACAAUCAUUUCUUCCACUACUAAGCUAUAUAAUAAUAAAAGAUGAACAAUCCA